CGAGCUGCUGUUAGAGUCGGAUGGAGCCGGCGGGAAUUGAGUCUUCUUCCAGGGAGCUCCGCAUCCCGCCCUCUGGCGGCUCUGGACAGCAGGCCGACUUAGUGUGAUUGCCGGCAUGCUCCAAGACCGGCACUGACCGUUCCCACGUGCGGGUGUUCCCGAUGGGGGACGAGAGGUCGGGGAGCGCCGUGCAUCUGCUGUGCCUCGCGGCCUCCAGCGGGGUGCCCCUGUUCUGCAGGAGCAGCCGCGGCGGCAACCCCGCCCGUCCGCAGCUCCCGUUUUCUGUCAUCGGCUCCCUCAAUGGAGUCCACAUGUUCGGGCAGAAUCUGGAAGCGCAGCUGAGUUCUGCAAGGACCGAGGACACGAUCGUGGUGUGGAAAAGCUUCCAUGACAGCAUCACUCUCAUUGUUCUGUCACCUGAGGAGGGCACCUCGGAGCUGAGGCUGGAGAGACUACUCCAGAUGGUGUUUGGGGCCAUGGUUCUUCUUGUGGGACUUGAAGAACUGACCAAUAUCCGCAAUGUAGAGAGACUGAAGAAGGAGUUGAGGGCCAGUUACCGCCUCAUCGACAGCUUCCUAGGGGACUCGGAGCUCAUUGGGGACCUUACCCAGUGUGUGGACUGUGUGAUUCCUCCAGAGGGGUCCCUCCUGCAGGAAGCCCUCUCCGGGUUCGCUGAGGCCGCGGGCACGGCCUUCGUCAGUCUCGUGGUGUCGGGCCGGGUAGUGGCAGCAACAGAGGGCUGGUGGCGGCUGGGGACGCCCGAGGCCGUGCUGCUUCCCUGGCUGGUAGGGUCCCUGCCGCCGCAGGCCGCUCGCGACUACCCUGUGUACCUGCCUCACGGGAGUCCCACGGUCCCGCACCGACUUUUGACCUUGACGCUGCUGCCAAGCCUGGAGCUGUGUCUGCUGUGCGGGCCACGCCCAGCCCUCCGCCAGCUGGACCCACAGCUUCUGGAGCGUUGGUGGCAGCCACUGCUGGGCCCGCUACGGACCUGCUUGCCGCUUGGACCCCGAGCGCUGCCCGAUGGCUUCCCCCUGCACACGGACAUCCUUGGGCUGUUGCUACUCCACCUGGAACUGAAACGUUGCCUCUUUACCGUGGAGCCCUUUGGGGAUAAAGAACCUUCUCCUGAACAGCGCCGGCGCCUCCUCCGUAAUUUCUACACUCUGGUCACCACCACGCACUUCCCACCAGAUGAAGAAACAGGCUCAGCUAAUAAGCAACAGAGCCACAAUUCUAACACAGGAGAGCCAGGGCUACCAGAGAAGGCAGAGGAUGCGGUCCACCAAGCCCAGCUGCCUAGGGCCUGCUACCUGGUGUUGAGGCAUGGGGAGCCAAGAAGGGGAUUGCGGCUCAUGGUUCUGCAGCUGGGGCCUCGGCAGCUGCUACUGCUGUUGGCUCCUCAGAGUCCCACGCAUGGACUUCGAAGCCUGGCCACACACACUCUGCAUGCCCUCACCCCACUUCUUUGACCACCUGGGAGUGGGCAAUGGAGACAGACAUGGGGCUAUUAGUGUCUCUCUGUUUAUUCACUCACAAUAAUACACAGCCCCUGGAUGGAGAGGGAGUAGGAGGGGCUACGACGGGAUGGGGUGGGAGGGGAGGAGGCACCCAUUUCCCUGGCCCCUUUCCCCUCUGUGCUUGGGGGGGGGGAAGGGAGGGAAGGGACUCCCCUUUGCCCCCCAGAAUGUAAACAGCAGCAGACUGAACAAAAAUAAAAAUACAAAAGGCCAGAGGAAGGUCUCAGGGAUCUCCCCACCCCUGGGGUCUUCCCUGUCACCAGAA